UUCAGAUACUCGAAAAUGUUAAAUAUUUUUUUAUUUAUUGUUAAAUUAUGUAUAUAGAAUCUCUUAAAAUGCCUAUUUAAACGAUUUAGUAUGUAUUUUAUAAACAUUUUAAUCUUGGUGCUUUUGGCGGCCUGCGAGGUCUACAGAAUUGAAGCCAACUGGGAUAAUGCCAUAAUAGUUCUGAGGGACACCAACAGAAUGAGAGAUCGCCAUGGAUGUCCGAACUUGUAUUUGGAUAUUGCUCUCAGCGCAGAUUGCACAAAGUAUGCUAGGAAACUUGCCAAAAAGCGUAAUUAUACGUAUUCGGACCCCACCAAUUCAAAAUACUCAGAAAACAUCUGCAAAUAUGAAAUAGUAAGAGGAGGACUAUCAAGGUGUGUCAGCGAGUGGUAUCGGGGAAGCCAGCUUGAUUUUACAGAUCCCAGAGCUAAAGAGUUUACUGCAAUGAUCUGGCGGUCUUCAAGAUCUAUGGGGUAAGGAGACGCUGACAUAAAUGAUCAUUACGGCAUAAUGGUGGUCAGAUAUACCCCACCUGGAAGUGCGCUGGGACUGUACACGGAUAAUGUGCCUCCUAAGAAAAAAAGCUACGAAAAAGAAAGAAGAAGGAGAAAAAAGUAUAAAAAUUGUGCGAACUGUCAAGAUAAUAGAUGUAUAAUAUUAUUUUGUAUCCCUUAUGUUAUAUAUAUUUUGUGGCAAUCUAUCUCUUAAUAUUGGCUAAAAAAGUUGUGGGCUACCCUUUUAUAAAAAAAAGCCUGCCGCAAUGGUUAUUCUAAAAUAAAUUCCAGUAAUUUGUAAUCAAA